AUGAACCGGAAGUUUGACCCUCCCUGGUGGCUGGCAAACGCACAUGUGCAAACGAUACUGCCGUUCAUUCUUCCGUGUGACGAAAUCGAAUUCGACAGAGAAUAUUUACAAAUGAAAGACAAGGGAGUGGUUGCCCUCGACUGGGUAGUCCACGUAUCUAUCCACAAGAGGAAACGUUGUACAGUGCUGUUAGUUAUACCUGGUUUUACUGCAGAUGCAUUAUCUGUCUCUAAAAUGUGUAGCCUAGCAGCGCAUAAAGGAUAUAGACCUGUAGUUUUCAAUCUUAGAGGGUUUGGCAACUCUAAUCUUACCACACCCAAGAUACUUAGUUAUGGUGAUCCAACGGACUUACGACAGGUCGUAAAAUAUAUACAUGGAUAUUACCCAAAAGCUUUAAUUACAAUGUUAGGCUAUGGGAACGGCUGUUCAUUAUUACUAUCGUAUCUCGGAGAGUAUGGCUCCUCGGCGAAUGUAUGUGCGGGCGCGUGCAUUUCUGCAUGCUUCGAUUAUACAGAACGCUUUUCAAAAGAUAAACGAGGAAUAUACGAUUUUCUAUAUUUGUUAAAAUUAAAGUGUACCAUAGGCGCUCAUUCGAAAGCUCUUUCGAACAAAGUCGAUUUCAACGAAUUGCUCAGGGAAUGGUCUUACAGAAGAUUUGACGAGGGUGGUGUAUUCAAAAUAUAUGGAUUUUCAAAUGUAGAAGACUUCUGGGAGAAAAAUAACCCAUUAAGAGAUGUCGAUGAAAUUGCAGUACCUCUUCUUUUUAUAAAUAGUCUAGACGAUCCAUUUUAUUCAAAUAUUAAAAUUCCAUAUGAACUUUGUAAAUAUUAUCCCCAAUUUCUUAUGGUAGCAACUGACAAAGGAGGACAUUGUAGUUUCAUGGAUAAGAUCUGUGACGUCACCUGGGCUGAAAAACUUGCAAUAGAUUAUAUAGAUUCUGUACUAGAGUUUACAAACAAAGGACAUACUAUAAAAUAUGGAAAGAGUCCGGUGCGAUCAACAAUUUAG